AUGUCUUCUUCUUCUCAGUGGCGUGGCAAGGCUAUAAUCCCUAUACAUUUCUCAGCUAUUAUCUUCAAUAAAACUGAUCUUCAGACUCUGAAAAUAUCAAGUAAAUUUACAAGGACAUAUGGAGGUGGUUUGUUGAAUCCAAUGUUUUUGAAGCCUCCAGAUGGCACCAAAUGGGAAGUGAAUUGGACCAGAAAAAAUGAUGAGGAGGUUUGGUUCCAAAAGGGUUGGAACAAAUUCACUGAAAACUACUCCUUAGAUCAUGGCCACUUGAUUGUUUUCACCUAUCAUGGAAAUUCACAACUUGAUGUUCACAUCUUUGACAAAUCUGCCUCUGAAAUACUCUAUCCGGGGUUAAAGUUAAACACUACUCCUACUACUGCUUGUGAUGAUGAAAAGAACAUCAAACUUGAUCUCAUGCACAAUGAUGAUGAUGAUGACUCAAUUGAGAUUUUGAAGCCUUGUAAACACAAACGCAGCAUGCUAGUGUUGGUUCCUCAACCUUGUAAUAAAAGAAUGAAAGAUGAGAAGAAGAAGGUUGCUGAAAGAAGAUCAAGUUGUUCAUCAUUGAAUUGGCCAAAGCAAGAAAGAGCACAGGAAGUAGCUAUGAACUUCGUGUCUCAUAAUCCUUUCUUCACAAUGUUCAUAACCCAUAUCCAUCUAACACAAUACAAAGCGGGUGUGCCAAACAUGAAAGAGUAUACUGAUGAGGAUGAGAAGGAUGUGGAGCUGAAAAUUGGGGAGAAAUCGUGGAAAGUCAAACUGAGGCGUGGUAGCAACUCUUCAAAUUGUCGGUACUUGGGUGGUGGAUGGUCCUUGUUUGCAGAUGAGAGUGAAUUGCUUCCUGGAGAUAAAAUACCCGACAAAUUUGCCCUGAAAUAUGGAAGUGGUUUGUCCAAUCCAGUGUUUUUAAAGCCUCCAGAUGGAAUAAGGUGGAAGGUGUGUUUGAGAAAAAAGAAUGAUCAAGUUUGGUUUGAAAAAGGUUGGAAAGAAUUCACUCAAAAGUAUUCUCUGGAUCAUGGAUGCUUGGUUCUGUUUAAAUACGAAGGAACUACUUCCCAAUUUGAUGUCAUUAUCAUUGAUGAUGAUGCUUUAGAAAUAGACUAUUCUUCCUACAAUGGAAAUGAUAAUGAUGAUGUUUCAGUUCAGAUUGUAAAGGAAAUCCAUCCAUACAAGAAGAACAAAGAAACCAUAAGAGAUGAGAAGAAUGUGACUACUUCUUUGUCAUUGAAUUGGCCAAGGGAACCAAGAGCACGACAAGAAGCUAACAAAUUCGUAUCUAACAACCCUUUUUUCACUGUGCUCAUAAAGCCUCCUCAUAUCACAGAAUAUCGAUUGUGCAUACCAGGUUUGGAAGGUUAUGUGGAUAAUGGAGUGAAGAAUGUGAAGCUUGAGUAUGGGGAUAGAUCGUGGCCUGUGAAGAUGCUUAAUUGUAACAAAACCUAUUCAAAUCGCUUCCUUUCUGCUGGGUGGAACUUGUUUGCACAAGAGAAUGAGUUGAAGCCCGGAGAUGUUUGUGUCUUUGAACUUGUUAAUAUGCAAGAUUUGGUCUUUAAGGUUCAUGUUUUUGCUGCCCAUCAUGCUUAA